GUUGUACGAAUGAUUCCGUGUGGACGUAAGCUUUUUCUGCUGUUUUUUGAGAGAGAAAAUAUGUUCUGAUCCCACAACCUGCAAAAGGGUAUCAGCUAUAACACGCAGGAUUUAAGAACAGUUCCUAGUCCGGGAAUCAAGAGAAGGAGGGAGAGAAAGGGAAACAAAAAAACAAAAAACAAAAGAACUCAUCCGAGGAGAGGAAACAGAGAAAUAAAGGGCAAAGAUGGGUCUUUUUUCUUUACCCCCAAUACCCUUCUCUCUGCGUAUCUAUAUGAUGAUGACAGCUUUUGUUGAAAGGUCGGUUUCUUUUAAAUUUUAUGACGAAAAGCAAAGAGAAAUAGUGGUAGUAGUAGGGAGCAAUUGAUGAAAACUGAAAAGUCCGACCACUCAUGCUUCGGUCCGCGUGCUUUUGAUGCAAGGAUGACCCGACCCAUUUCCCUUUUUCAAUGCCCUUUUCCUGUUUUCACCAGUUUGUUGAUAGAUUCUCAUUAGAGAGCAGAGAAGCCCCACUUAGGUUAUUUUCUCUUUCUCUUUGCAGACCCCUUUUUGCAGGGGCGUGUUUGUUUGUUUGUUCCUUGGUCUUGGAUCUUUUGAACGCAUGCUCUUCAUGUCCAAUCAGAUCCUCUGAGGUGUUCUUUCCCUCAUUUUUCUCUCCUUUCAUCCAAAAAAUAAUAAUGCAAAACUCAGCAGACAAUGGACGGUCUUGGGAAGGAAAAGUUGUGACCUUUUUAAUGGGGGGCUUAGGAGGCUGAGGGAUUGAAGUAAAAAGAGUGGGAAUAGGGAAAAGGAAGAGUCUUUAGUCUAAAAAAUGGGUUCUCUUGGAGGGCAGUCAACACUUGUUGAAGAAAUGAAACUGUUGAAAGAAAUGCAGGAUCACAGUGGGUUGAAGAAGAAGAAACGCAUAAUAAAUUCAGAGCUAUGGCAUGCAUGUGCUGGGCCUUUGGCCGCUUUGCCUCAGGUUGGGAGCCUUGUCUACUACUUCCCACAAGGACACAGUGAGCAGGUUGCAGUUUCCACUAAUAGAGCAGCAACAUCACAAAUUCCUAAUUACCCGAAUCUUCCAUCUCAGCUGUUGUGUCAAGUUCACAAUGUUACACUGCAUGCUGAUAAAGAAACAGACGAGAUCUAUGCCCAGAUGAGCCUUCAACCUGUGAACUCUGAAAAAGAUGUGUUCCCAAUUCCGGAUUUUUGUUUGAAACCAAGCAAGCAUCCGGCAGAGUUCUUCUGCAAGACAUUGACUGCUAGUGACACAAGUACACAUGGUGGCUUCUCCGUUCCAAGACGAGCAGCUGAGAAAUUAUUUCCUUUAUUGGAUUACUCAAUGCAACCUCCAACUCAGGAGCUUGUUGUUCGAGACUUGCAUGAUAAUACCUGGACUUUUCGUCACAUAUACCGUGGGCAGCCUAAAAGGCACCUUCUUACAACAGGUUGGAGCAUGUUUGUCGGCGCAAAGCGGCUUAGGGCUGGUGAUUCUGUUCUGUUUAUCAGGGACGAAAGGUCUCAACUGUUAGUUGGGGUGAGGCGUGCAAAUCGUCAGCAAACGACAUUGCCCUCAUCAGUUCUGUCUGCUGAUAGUAUGCACAUUGGUGUUCUUGCUGCUGCUGCCCAUGCUGCUUCCAACAGAACUCCUUUCACAAUCUUUUACAAUCCUAGAGCCUGCCCUUCAAAUUUUGUUAUACCGUUGGCCAAUUACCGGAAAUCCUUGUAUGGAGCACACUUAUCCCCUGGUAUGAGGUUCGGUAUGAUGUUUGAAACGGAGGAAUCUGGAAAACGCAGGUAUAUGGGCACAAUUAUAGGUUUAAGUGACAUAGACCCAUUGAGAUGGCCCGGCUCCAAAUGGCGCUGCCUUCAGGUGGAGUGGGACGAGCAGGGAUCAGGUGAUAAACAGAAUAGAGUCAGUCCUUGGGAAGUAGAGACACCCGAAAGUCUCUUCAUUUUCCCAUCCCUCACUUCUGGUCUCAAACGAUCUUUUCAGUCUUCUUUUCUUGGAACGCAAACCGAAUGGAACAGUUUGGUCAACCGACCAUUUAUCCGAGGUCCUGAAACCAUAUGUGGGGAUAUUCAGUUCCCUUCGAUCUCAAAUACAUGGUCUGAUCAAGUAAUGAAAAUGCUAUUAAGGCCCCAAGAAACAAUGGCUCAAGAAGAGACUACUCUUAUCAAGUCAACCAUGAAGCAUAAACCCGAGGAAGCAAUUACUAUGGAAGAGACUUCAUCUAUUCAGAGCGAAAGUAACAACAGUAUAGUCAAUGAACCCAUAGUUCCUUUGCAGCAAAAUGACAUGGCAAAACCAGAAACUACUAUAGUGACCCCAUCAGACCAGCUUAGUCAUUUUCAGUCUUUUGGUCACUGCGAUGAAGAAAAACUACCACCCUUUACUCCCACUAAUGCUGCAAAUGAUCAAGGAGGAAGCCCAUGGGCCCUACCACCACAAUUUGACGACCCGGAGUGCUUUCUACAAUGCCCUGGGGAUACCAGGGAAUGGAAUUCAUAUCUCCCUCCCACGGGUCAAGAAUUGUGGGAUAGUCAGUUGAAUGAUUAUAGUUGUCUUAAUUUUGACGGUAGUAACAAUGGAAGUGCUGUGAUUGACCAUUCCGUUUCGAGCGUGGUUCUGAAUGAAUUCUGCAACUUGAGAAAUGGCGGACUACAAAAUCCAGCAGAACUAUUAGUGGGAAACUUCACUUCAAGUCAGGAUGUACAAUCCCAGAUUACUUCAUUACAAGAUUUUGCUGACAACUCGGGUGGCGCAUCCUCCAGCAAUGCGGAGUUUGAUGAGAGUGGUCUUUUGCAAAACAGAUCAUGGCAUCAGUUGGGACCCCCACCACCACGUGUACGCACAUACACAAAGAUUCAAAAGGCGGGAUCUGUAGGAAGAUCAAUUGACGUGUCCAGUUUUAGUAAUUAUUAUGAACUGCGUUUGGAAAUCGAAAGGAUGUUUGGACUUGAGGGGCUGCUAAAUGAGUCGAAAGGCUCUGACUGGAAAUUGGUCUACGUGGAUUUUGAGAAUGAUGUUCUUCUCGUUGGUGAUGACCCCUGGGAAGAAUUUGUGGGCUGUGUGCGGUGCAUAAGAAUACUUUCGCCAUCUGAAGUUCAGCAGAUGGGGGAGGAAGGAAUGCAGCUUCUCAACGCCAAUGCUAUGCAACAAGCCGGUCGUGUCUCUUCACUCUGAUCCAUUUGUUGCCUAUCAAGGGAAAUGAAAGAUCAGUUCUUUCCUUUUUUUCACCUGACUUAGCUGAACCAUUGUUGUACCAUUUAGCUGUCAAAUCUGUAUUCUAGCAAUUGUCAAAUAUUUGUAAGAAUUGCUCUUUUGAUCCAAGUAUUUACAUUUGGGUAGUUGUUUGGUAGAUCCUGUUUUGAAGUAUUUCAACUUAUCAACAUUAUGCUCGUUAAAUUUGUUAAUAAAUAAUAAUGAAAAUAUAUGGAUAAAGACAUUUACCCAUUUUGGCUUCAAUUAUCAUUUCAACUUUAUACUUUUUUCUAUCUAUCGGAAUUCCAUCAACUUCAACCAAACUCACCACCCAAACAACAUUAAUUGUGUUUUAUUACUUCGUAUUUCAUUGAAUGCCUGAAACAUUACAAGUUUAGUUCUAUAUACGAAGUAUAAUGGUUCUUUCCGGGACGUGUAAAUGUAUUCGGAUCCACCUUGACCCAUGCAGCAAUCAGUGGGUCUGUCAGACCCAAUAGGCUAAACCCAUCACAAUGGAUCUCCAUAAAUUCUCUAAAAUAUGAAGAAAAAAUGGAAUUGUUGCAUUGUUCUAAACUCUGACCGGUUUUUGAAGCACAGCAGACAGAUAAACCUCGGACUUCCCAGAACCGUUGAUCUUCUCACCCACAACCCACUUCAACUUCUUGUACCCGAACCUUUCAACCAAACGGGUCAACCCAUUCUUUUUCUCUUCACUAGAGCAGAAGAAAUUAUCAACCCAAAGUAAUCCGCCGGCCCUCAGAAUCCGAUCAACGUCAAACAUCAAGAACUCCAAUUUCUCCGGUCGGCCGCCGACGUCCAAUCCAUUGCCGGCCCGGAUCAGAUCAAACACGUUAUCCUGGAACGGGAACCGUUGAUCCAGGCUAGAGUAAAGGGGGAAAAGUCCUCUGGAAGCAAUGAAAUCGCUGAACGGAGCGUCAACGUUGAGAGUUGAGGUCACGACGGUCAAACCCACCUCCGCCAUUAUCGCGGCAAAAGUUCCCGAGCCACCGCCGAUGUCGAACCCGACCCGGAUAACACUGUUACGGUUCUUCGCCAUCUCCAGCACAUCAUCAAUCAGGAAAUCGGUCUUCCCUCUGGGUUUAACGUACUUCAGAGUCUCAUAACCUUUGACUAAAUCGAAACAGCCGCCGCAAUCCCUGUUCAGCUUUUUGGAAUUCAAACAGGAGAGGCUUUUGCAUGAAAGGCCACUCCAAGUUAGACCCUUUUCUGGGUUUUCAGUUAUGUUCUUCUUCCAAACCCAGAGAGAAGCAGGAAAAGGUUGCAAACCCAACUUAGGGGUGAUCCUGGAAAGACACCUUCUCCUUGGUAAAGGCUCACAUCCCUUGAGAAUCAGAUCCUGACCAAGACUCCAGUCGUCCGGGCAGUGCCCGUUGACUUUAUAGGUCAUGAACUUAGUCAGCAAAUCGGCAGAUUUGUGACAAGAAUGAGCGACGGAGGCCACCAUUUCAGUGAUCCCAGUCCUUGAGUCUUUCCCUAGAGGGAGUGGGUGGGGAAGAAGGAAGGUUUUCAGUUCAUCUGAGACGUUUGAUCUGGAAAGAUCGAGGCUUUCAUAGCCCAGGAGCUCUUUCUGCAUCUGUGAGAGCUUCCUCUGAGAGAAAUCAAUCUCUCCAAGGAUCAAGGAGAGCUGUUGAGAGACUAUAGAGAUAUCUUCAUUGUUGUGAUGGGUCUUUGGGAAGUAAGUGAAAGCGAAGAGAGCAAAGAUGUUUGUUGUGAUUACUGAGAAGAGGAUAAACAGAUUCAGAGCGGAGGAACAGAGUGAAGACCUUCUGAAUCUCGCCGUUCCGGUUCCAGUUUUGAGAGAGACGGAGCCCAUCUCCUUCACUCUCUGUUCUUUACCAGCGAAGGCAGAGUGCGUGGAUGGCAAACAAAGGAGGGAAGAGCUGGAGUUGGAAUAAUGAAAGUUGGAGAUUCAAUCAUUGUCGGUGGAUCCCAGUGAAGGUUACCAUCACUU